AUUGAGUUAUAUUUACUGGCGGAGAAGGAAGGUGGAAGGACUUCAGCGAUACGUUCCGGUUUUACAGAAAAAGUAUUUUGUAGUACCUGGGAUCAGGCUGGUCGUAUUCAGUUAGAGACGGAUAUGCUUAUGCCAGGAGAACACUGUACUGCCUACCUAGUACUGGAGAAGGAGAUGCCUGUGAGGCAGUCAGUACCUUUUACGAUACGACAGAGUAGUAAGCAGACAGUUGCACGCGGAAUAAUACGAGAAGUUUUGCCAUCAGUUAAUUUGGAGUCCUUCAAGGAUAUUAAAGAUCGAGGUUUCGAAAAUAUUGUCAAAGCGAAAUGA